AUGUCGCAAAGGCAUAGAACGAACUUGCGCGACCGCUCGCAGCUGCUGGGCACGGGCGACUACAGCACCCCGCCGUCGUCAGGGAGGUCGUCGCCUUACGGCGGCGCGGCCGCGAACGCCGCGAGCCCAUUCCAGCCUUUGGGCCAACGGUACGCGGAUGACCUGGAGAGCCAGAACGACGAGCACCUCGAGGGCCUCACGGCCAAGGUGAAGCUGCUGAAAGACAUUACGAUUGGCAUUGGGAACGAAGUCCGGGACUCGACCAUUCAGCUCAGCCAGAUGAACGAUGCAUUUGCCGAGACGGGAGGCAUUCUUUCUGGUACAUUCCGUCGGAUGAACAACAUGGCAGGGAGGCAGGGCUGCCGCUGGUUGUGGUACAUAGUUUUCCUCAUCGUUGUCUUCUGGUUCUUCAUUGUCGUAUGGUGGUUUCGGCGAUGA